CGACAACGUCGACAGGCGCGUCUUGCACACGCCAGCCCGGACUCGAGCUCGACGAGGCCGGAGCCGGAGCCGGAGUCGGAUUCGGCGAGGAGGCGAGUUGCGAAACCGGCCGUCGAGGGCCGACUGGGCAGACUUGCUGGCUGGCCGAAGCGAGGCUCCAGGUCGGAGGAGGCGGGCAAAAGGGCCAAGGCCGGAGGGGCCGAGUCGAGGGAGGAUGGACGGCGUCUUUUUUGGGGCUACCGGUCGGCGGGCGAGACGAAGACGCGUCGGCCGGCUCGACCCUCCGAGGCGGUUCGGACGGGCCUGCGCUCGAGUCUGUCGCCAAUCAGCCCGGGCCUGCUCAGCACCGUGGCUACCAUGUCGGCGAUGACGACACGCAACGACGCCUCGCCGACACAACAAGUCGCCGGUCGAGUCGGGCAGACUGGCGGAGAGGCUGAAACAGGCAUCGGAAGGACCGCCUCGCAGAAAAGUACGUCGGUGAAGGUUGCCUUUGAGGCUGGCAGAGUUCGUCUGUCGACCGAGUGGCCUUUCGACAAGGUCGACGGACUCUAUGCCAUGUUUGUAAGAAGGGUAAUGUAA